AUGCUGAGUGGGAUCCAUCCCCUCACCGCCCCAUCACUCCACAGAACCUCGCUGCACUGGCAUGGAGAUGACUUCCAGCACAGCGCAGAGCCCGGUUCCAAGUGCUUUGCUGUGCGCUCACUGGGCUGGGUAGAGAUCCCCGAGGAGGACCUGGCACCUGGCAAGAGCAGCAUUGCCGUCAACAACUGCAUCCAGCAGCUCUCCAACAGCAAGGGCCAGGGCUCUGCAGAGAACCGGGGCGAGGGCCAGGACCUGGUGAUGAUCCUGAAGAAGGACACCAUGAGUCUGGUGGACCCCCUCGACCACAGCCUCAUCCACUGCCAGCCCAUCCUUAACAUCCGCGUCUGGGGCGUUGGCUGCAACAACGGCAGGGGCAGAGACUUUGCCUUUGUGGCCAGUGACAAGGACACCUGUGUCCUCAAGUGUCACGUCUUCCACUGCAACGUGCCCGCCAAGGGUAUCGCCAAAGCCCUGCAUGAGAUGUGCUCCAAGAUCAUGGCUGAGCAAGCUGUAGCAAGCAGUGGGCUGCCAUGCACUGCCACAUUGGAGCCUGCGUCCACCGAGGACCUGCCGCUGCAAGUGGAUAUACUGGAAGCGGUGAGGCAGUCGAUGCAGACCUAUGAGGCGUUGUACAUAGGCAGCCUGCCCGUGCCCAGGGCUAUGGGGAUGGAUGUGCUGAACGAGGCCAUUGAGAAGCUGACGAGGGGCCCUGGGCGGGAGCGCUGGACACCGUCCCUCAUCCGCGUGUCUGACACGGCCAUGAGGGUGCACCCUGUGCAGGACGAGGAGGCGGCGCACAUCUGGGAGUGCCAGGUGCGGUACGUAACCUUCCUGGGGGUGGGCCGGGAUGCCCACACCUUUGCACUCAUCGUCGACACGGGGCGGCGCUUCCAGUGCUCAGCCUUCUGGUGUGAGCCCGACGCCGGCACCAUCUCGGAGGCAGUACAGGCAGCCUGCAUGGUGCAGUACCAGAAGUGCCUGGUGGCCGCUGCACCAGGGGCGAAGGGUGCGACAGGCCGGGGCCGGGGGGACACGGCCAGCGGGGCGGCGGGGGGGCAGCAGCCCGGGGGGCAAGGAGAGCCAGCCCUGCCCCGGGGGCUUCCCAGAGCUGCCGCUCAUCUCCGCUGCCAGAAACAAGUGUGCGACGACAUCGGGCGGCGGCUGGUGGUGCUGGGGGAUGCGUGGGCUCAGGGGAAGCUGUCGACACCGGUGAGGAAGAGGAUGAGCCUGCUGGUGCGAGAGCUCCAGCAGCAGCAGUGGGAUGCAGCUGAAGAGAUCCACCGCUCGCUCAUGGUGGACCAUGUGAAUGAGGUGAGCCAGUGGCUGGUGGGAGUCAAGCGCCUGAUUGCCGAGAUGAGGAGCCUGCCUGCUCUGAAGCCGGCCGCAGCAACGGAUGGCAGCGCCGAGGCUGGGCCUGCCUAG